AUGCCUAAACCCCAUGAACGAGAGCCUCUCCUUGGACAAGAACCCGAAGGCCCAGGUGUCUUUGAACCGACAAUUAAGGAUAUUGAGUCUGACCCAUCAGCUCUUCAGCUUCCGCAAAUAGUUAGAGAAUCAGUUCCUCUUAACGACGAUCCAAGCAUUCCAGUGUUUACUUUCAGAUACUUCCUUUUGGCCACCAUUUUGGUGGUUCCUGGGGCAUUUGUUGGUACAUUGAACUCCUUUAGAACCACAUCAGCUGCUUAUUCCAUAUUUUUCGUACAGUUUGCAUCACAUUAUUUGGGAAAACAACUUGCAGCUAGUCUUCCCUCCAAAACCAUAGACGUUGGACUUUUCAAAUUCAACACCAACCCUGGACCUUGGUCCAUUAAGGAAACAGCUUUGAUAACUGUGACUGCCAAUAGUGGAGCCACGGGAAAUUUGGCCACCAAUGCGUUGGCAUUGGCAGAAUUACACUUCAAAGACACAGUUUCUGCUGCUGUGGCAAUCCCUUUUAUGUUCGCUAUAGUAUUUAUUGGAUACGCUUACGCUGCCAUCUGUAAGGAUUUGCUCUUAUACGACCCAGAAUACAUCUGGCCACAAGCAUUGAUGCAAUCCACAGUACUCCAGACCCAGAAUAAUACCCAUACGAGUUUGGGUCAGAAGCAGGUAAAACUACUUGGAGCUGCACUUCUUUUCAUGACUGUCUGGCAACUUCUCCCCGAGUUUGCCUUUCCUAUGGUUUCUUCGGUAGCAGUUAUAUGCUACAUGGCCCCUAAAAGUAAGACGCUCAAUUUUGUUGGUAGUGGCCUUGGUGGUAUAGGAUUUCUCAAUUUUACUUUCGACUGGUCCAACAUAACCUCCACAAUCAUGUUGUACCCGUACUGGAUUCAGGUGAUUCAGUUUGUGGCUUUUGUGAUAUGUUGUUGGAUCUUGAUCCCUAUCGUUCAGUUUACCGAAGCAGUCCCCAGUUUUGGCCUAAUGUCCAACUCUGUGUUCACUGAAAACGGAGAAAAGUAUCCCACGUCCCAAUUACUCACACCCGAGUUGAAGUUCAAUUCCACUGCUUACGAAACAUUGGGUCCUGCCAGACUAGGUCCACAAAGAGUUUGGAAUAUUUUCUUUGACUAUGCUGCUUACAUCAGUGGAAUCACGUGGGUGGUCCUAUUCGGCUAUGAAAACCUUAGUUCUUCCUUCAAGAAACUCAAGUUUAAAGUCACAUAUAAGGACAGAUUGAACGAGCUUGCAAGAAACUAUGAUACAAUUCCUCGUUCUUGGUACGUGAUCAUGUUCUUUAUUUCCUUCGGGACCCUUAUGAUAAUCUUUGGUUUCGGCCAAAUGUUUAUGCCUUGGUGGUGUUGUAUAAUUGGGUUAGGACUUGGUUCAAUCAUCGUAACACCUCUAGCCUGGUUGUACGCAUUGUCGAAUUUCCAGCUUCCGAUCGGAACUUUUAACGAGUUAUUCUAUGGAUACUUGGUACAGUCCCGGGAAGUGCACCCGGCCAGUGGGUCUGUAUUUGGAUCCAUAGCUGGGGAUGCUUGGUACCGGGCCCAGUAUCACCUAGAGUGUUUGAAACUCGGCUUCUAUAUUCAUUUACCACCCAGACUGGUUUUUCUAGCCCAAAUCUAUGGCGAGUUGGUGGGCAUUCCUGUCAAUUACCUUGCUUUGAGAUGGGUCUUGAGUUCCAAAAGAGACUAUUUGUUGGGAAACCUUAUUGAUCCACUCCACCAAUGGACUGGACAAGACAUCGAAUCCACUCACACAAAUGCUAUCCAGUACGUUGUUUUGGGACCUUCUCGGCUUUUCGAGAACUACCACUAUUUACCCUUGGGGUUCGUCCUUGGUGCUGUGGCCCCGUACGUAUUGUUCAAGUUGCAUAGGAAGUAUCCCCGAUUUGGCUUUAACUUCUGGAACACUACCGUGUUCUUCUCCAGUAUGAGCAAGUUUUAUGGGAACAUUUCCACUGGAGGACUCUCGAAAAUGAUAGGUGGUACGGUUACCAUGUUCUAUGUUUUCAGGUAUCAUCAUAAAGUCUGGAAAAAUUUCAACUACGUGAUGGCUGCAGGACUUGAUACCGGGUAUAACCUUUCAGUAUUGAUAAUUUUCGUGAUUACUUCGUUCACAGUGAUCAGGAUGCCCCACUGGUUUGGUAAUAAUGAGGACAGUGUUGAGAGGUGUUUUGCUUUAGAAAAGUGA